GUGUGGUUUAAACUGUUUUUACAGGACUUUAUGAACCAAAUAAGCAAAAUCUGUAGACAAUAAAGAAACUACUAAAUGUUGGCCUCAAGCCAAUUCACAGUUUUAUUCUCUGAUUUAUGACAAAUAGGGUAAGGUCUGACAAGUUAAUCAUUCAUCAAAGUUAAGCACAAUCUAUUGAGUGUAGUGUUUUGGGAAUGAAUGAAGUCUCGGAUCAUUGAGUUUUAUAUCUGCCUCUUGCAGGUAUCUCCUCCUGGUAAAGUGCCUGAAUAGGAAACCAAUAUCCCAGGAUGCAGUGGUGCAGGUGGGCCGGCGGUUGGAGAUCACACCUGCCGAGACAGUCGGCUGGACCAGAGAGUGAGGACUCUUUUGACUUUCUUUUUAAAAUCAUCCUGGUCGGGGAUUCGGAUGUUGGGAAGACGUGCGUGGUGCAGAGAUUCAAGUCCGGCAUUUUCAUUGAGAAGCAGCAGAACACUAUUGGGGUUGACUUUACUGUUCGCACCCUGGAUAUUGACGGCAAGAAGGUGAAGAUGCAAGUGUGGGACACUGCUGGGCAGGAGCGUUUCCGCACCAUCACUCAGAGUUACUACCGCAGUGCCCACGGAGCCAUGGUGGCCUACGACAUCAGCCGCCGUGGCACAUUUGAGUCUGUUCCCCACUGGAUCAGAGAGGUGGAGCAGUUCGGAGCUGCCAGCGUGGUCCUGAUACUCAUCGGUAACAAGUCUGACCUCCAUGCUAAAAGACAGGUGUUGUUCGAGGAUGCGUGCACGUUGGCAGAAAACAGCAGCAUGCUGGCUGCUCUAGAGACCUCAGCCAAGGAGGCCCAGAACGUAGAAGCUGCCUUCAUCCUCAUGGCCCGGGAGCUGCUGGCACGCAACGGCUUGACCAUCACAGAUGAAGCGUCUCAGAACUCGCCACAAUUCUUGAUCAGCGACGGCUCUCAUCCGGUAUACGCCGCUGUCUCUCCAGACAAAAAGUGUGGGUGCAGAACAGGCUGAGGCAAGGUGUGUGAGAGAAAAAAAAAACUAAAAUAAAUGGAGGUUCUUAAUAUUCAUCCUACAAAUGAGGUUUGUCUACCAGGGAAGGAAGUCCACUUGAAGAUAAAAUGUGAUUGAUUGUGUGUGAAAUCUUAGGUUUUGUAUAUGUUUUGCCGGUACUUUUUUUUUUAUACAGUUAAUGAAAUAUGUAACAUGGCGUUUGAUGAUCAAACAUAUUUGAUUAUAUUCCUUGUUGGUUAACUGCUGCUGAAUGUAAUAUAGUUUUGCUGGAGGACUCUGUAUUCCCACCACGGUAAACACUACAAUUAUCACUGGACAUACAACUCGCACUGUCUUUCAUCAUUUUAUUAUUCUUUCUGACUAUGUAGCUUUAACAGUACAUUAUUAUUGUGCAAUUUAAGUUACAGUCAUUCUGUUACACCUUCAGUUACAAAUAUAAGCUAUCAGAAUAAGCUUUCAGUGGUGCUGCAACACAAUCCUAAACAGAAAUUAACCAGUCCUCCAAGAUUUCUAUGUCACGGCUUGAAAAAUAUAUCUUUUUUUCAUCAAUAUGAAAACUUUUACAGUUUAAUCUUUUCUUUCUCUGUCACACGCAUGCAAAUCUUAAAAACAAACAAUAUACUUUUUAAAAAACAUUUUCCUGAUUGGACUUUACUGGGGCUGAACGGAACAUUAAUCUCUGAAGAAUAAGUAGUUUCACAUUCAUUCUUAACAACCAAUCAGGCUGGAAUAUGACAGCAGUAAAACCAAAAAGGACCCACAGAUGGUGCAUAGACUUAAAGAGAUAAGGUGACUGAGUGACGUAAACUGCAGUUUAUAAAAUUAAAUCAGUUUUCAUUUGAACCUCAAGUGCUAUUGCACUUGGUGCAGCUUUUGUGUUUUUAAAGGGCCUUCUGAAAAAAUAUCUGACGAUCCCACAACUGUAUACCUGCUUCGUAAAAGUAUUAACAUAAAAACUCUUAUUGCAGUAAACACAAGCAAAAAAAGAAUUUAUAUAACACAUAAUUUAUGUGUUAUAAAAUAUCUUGUAGAGCUCAUGUGAGAUCUACAAAGGCAAAUGGACAACUUACAUUUACAAGUCCUUGGCAGAGUUCAAAGUGUCCAGUUGCUGAUAAUUCAGUCCACUAUUUUAUCUACUAUAAAAUGCACUUCAAACUCACCAAGUAGAGAGCUAAAGCUUGUAUAAAUAUCCUGUGCACUAAAUUAUUCAAAUGAGACCACCAUGCACUGUGGCCUGAAGCCAGCAGCUCUAGAGUUAAGUUUGUUAUUUCCUUUUCUACCUGAGAUGAAAAAAUAGUUGCCUUAUGUCCCAGAAGUAUAUUUGAAAUGUUUUGCUUGCUGUGAAUGUAUUGGGAAUGCAAUGUAACUCACUUUUGAAAUGUGUGUAUGCAAACUGCAACUGAGGCCACUGUGCCUUGUUUUAAAAAAAAAAAACAUGGCUUUGCUUUGUCAAAUAUUUUUGCUUUCCAUGAGUAAAUAUUAAAUGGUAUUAAUUAUUAUAGUGAGCAUGUGUAUAGUUAAAGCUGUAGCACAGGCCUGUGCAGGUUGAUACAGUGCAGCAAGAGUUUUUUAGUGUGUGUGCAGGUUAAUCAUAAAACGUUAUA